AUGAGUGGAGACGACGCCUCUGCAAGGAGACCUAGGGUUGGGGCUCAAAUACCAGAGAAGAUACAAAAGCAUCCCUGGAGACAAGUCUGUGACCAUGCACUACAUUUGGUGACUGUCACUCCAUUCUGGAAGGUGGGAAGAGAGCCAGCCAGCAGCAUUAAAGCCCUACUGUGUGGCAGGGGAGAAGCUAGGGCCUUCGAUGAUAUUGCCAAAUACUUCUCUAAGAAAGAGUGGGAAAGGAUGAAAGUCUCAGAGAAAAUCGUCUAUGUGUAUAAGAAGAGAAAGUAUGAGGCCAUGAGUAAACUAGGUUUCAAGGUCACCCUCCCACCUUUCAUGCGUAAUAAGCGGGCCACAGACUUCCAGGGGAAUGAUUCUGAUAAUGACCCUAACCAUGGGAAUCAGGUUGAACAUCCUCAGAUGACUUCCAGCAUGCUCCAGGGAAUCUUCCCAAAGAUCAUGCCCGAGGAGCCAGCAGAGGAAGGAAAUGAUUCAAAGGGAGUCCCAGAAGCAUCUGGCCCUCAAAAUGAUGUGAAACAGCUGAGCCCCCCGGGAAAACCAAGUACCUCUGAGAAGAUUAACAAGACCUCUGGACCCAAAAGGGAGAAACAUGCCUGGACCCACAGACUGCGUGAGAGAAAGCAUCCGGUGAUUUAUGAAGAGAUCAGCGACCCUGAGGAAGACGACGAGUAACUCCCCUCAGGGAUAUGACACAUGCCCACAAUGAGAAGCAGAACGUGGUGACCUUUCACGAACAUGGGCAUGGCUGUGGACCCCUCGUCAUCAGGUGUAUAGCAAGUCAAAGCAAGUGUUCACAACAGUGAAAAGUUGAGCAUCAUUUUUCUUAGUGUGCCAAGAGUUCAAUGUUAGCAUUUCCGUUGUAUUUUCUUGCAGUAUGCCAUUCUGUUAGAUACUAGUGUUUUCAUUGAUGAGUAAGACAUACUUAAUGCAUAUUUCGGUUCGGGUAUCCAUGCAUCUACCUCAGAAAACAAGUAUUGUCAGGUAUUCUCUCCAUAGAACAGCACUACCCUCCUUUCUCCCCAGAUGUGACUACUGAGGUCAGGUCUGAGUGUUUAAUUUCCGAUUUUUUCCUCUGCAUUUACACACACAC